AGGUGUUUUGUCUGCUUUCGAUUAUUGAUGCCAGUUGGGAAACUGUGCAUGUUUUGUACCCUACAACUACGUGUUUUACUAUCAUCCAAGCAUUCAAAAAGCAGGGUCUUAUCUUUUGGUCAAUGCUACUCCAUCCCUAAACACAGAUUACAGAUCAUUCUAGUCUUACUCUUACCCUCCAGUUCUCAGUUUUCACAAAGAUUAGCGAUCAUUCAAUUCUCACUAAAUACGAAAUGGCGGAAGGAGUUCUGUAUGACGUUGCUGCUGGAAUUAUCGGGAAAGCAGGCAACCUAGCACUCAAAGAGAUCGUGCUCAUCUGGAGUGUCAACGACGAGAUUACCAAACUUGGGGAGACAGUUUCUAUUAUCAAAGCUGUGCUUCUGGAUGCAGAGGCGAAGCAACACAACAGUGAAGUGAUCAAAGAGUGGCUGAAAAGGCUUAAGGAUGCCAUGUGUGAUGCGGAUGACUUGCUGGAUGACAUCUCCACUGAGGCCUUGCGACGGGAAGCGAUGAGCCGCGACAAAAAGGCAAAAGAGGUACGCAUCUUCUUUUCCAAAUCUAACCAGCUUGCAUACGGUCUUAGAAUGGGUCAUAAGGUUAAGGCCAUGAAGGAGAGGUUUGAUGAGAUCGCAGCUGAUAGGAAUAAGUUUGGCUUAGAAAAACGUUCUGAGGAGAGUCAAGUUCCGUUUAAGGCUAGAAAGCAGACUUAUUCUAGUGUAAAUGCUGAAGCUGUUAUAGGGAGGGAGGAUAAUAAGAAGGCUAUUAUUCGAUCUCUGUUGAAUUAUGCCAAUGCCAAAGAGAAUGUUUUGGUCCUUCCGAUAGUUGGAAUCGGAGGCCUAGGAAAGACGACAGUAGCUAAACUUGUCUUCAAUGAUGAACAAAUCAAGAACCAUUUUGAGCUAAAAUUGUGGGUUUGCGUGUCUGAUAAUUUUGAUGAGAAAAUAAUUGUUGAGAAAAUUAUGGAGUGUGUAACAAAUGAGAAACCAAAAGACCUUGAAAUGAACACAUUAGUCAAUAAUCUUCAAAAAGAAAUUAAUGGAAAAAGAUACUUGCUCGUGUUGGAUGAUGUGUGGAAUGAGAAUCAUGAAAUAUGGCUUAGCUUGAAAGAUAUUUUGAUGGUUGGCGCAAGAGGUAGUGGAAUAUUGUUGACUACACGUAGUAAAAUAGUGGCAAAGAUUACACAAUCUUUGCAACCGCACUUUUUAGAGGGUUUAGAUGAAACACAGUCUUGGUCUCUGUUUAAGAAGAUGGCGUUUGGGGAGGGCGAAGAGCCAAAGAGUGCAAGUUUUGUAAAUAUUGGGAAUGAGAUUUUGAAGAAGUGUGGAGGGGUUCCGCUUGUUAUAAGAGUAAUAGGAGGUCUGUUAUCUUUAAAAAAAACCGAAGGAGAGUGGGAGUUAUUCAAAAAGAAUGAACUUUUGAAUAUAUAUCAGAAUGACAAUAUUUUACCAAUAUUAAAGUUGAGUUACGAUCAUCUCCCAUCACAUUUGAAGCAAUGUUUUGCUUUUUGUAGUAUAUUUCCAAAAGAUUAUGAGAUUGAAAAGGUGAGUUUGAUUUAUAUGUGGAUGGCGCAAGGAUUCAUCAAAUUGUAUAACGAAAAGAAAUGUCCAGAAGAUGUUGGUGAUGAGUAUUUUAUGGAUUUGCUUUGGAGAUCGUUCUUUCAAGAAGUUGAAGAAGAUGAACUUGGCAAUAUUUCAAAAUUCAAAAUACAUGAUCUCAUGCAUGAUAUAGCAAUACAAGUAACGGGAUCAGAGAGCACCACCAUUUAUUCAAAAGAGAAAGUCAUUGACGGGAAAACUCGUCACGUGUCAUUUGGGCAUAUAUUAGACUUAUCAUCGGAAAUUCCAAUGUCAUUAUAUAAAGCAAGAAGGAUAAGAACAUUUCUUUUGCCAUGUAAACCAGAGUAUGGUUAUAUAAAAUUUUCAGCUUGUAGUGCAAUUAUUGCAAGUUUUAAGUUCAUACGCUUGUUGGAUUUGCAUGACAGGGGGAUUGAAACAAUUCCAAGUUCUAUCAAAGAGUUGAAGCAUUUAAGAUAUCUUGAUCUUUCUGAGAAUAACCAAAUUGAGAGACUUCCUAAUUCUAUCGUCAAGUUGUACAAUUUGCAAACACUUAAACUCUCUGAGUGUUAUAAGCUUAAAGAAUUACCAAGAGAUAUUAACAAAUUAGUCAACCUCAGGUUUCUUGAGAUUGAUAGAUGUUGGAGUUUGACUCAUAUGCCAAAUGGACUGGGCCAAUUGACUAAUCUACAAACAUUGUCAAGAUUUGUGAUGAGUGACGGUGGGAUUGAUUCAGUGCCUAGGAGUAACGGUGGAUUGAAGGAACUUGACAGGCUAAAUGAGCUGAGAGGAAAUUUGUCAAUUGAAAAUCUCAAACACGGAAAAGAUGCCGCAUUAGAGUAUAAAAAUGCAAAUUUGAAAGAGAAACAACGCCUUGAUAGGUUGGACUUAAAUUGGGUAGAAGAAGACAUUGAUGAGGCGGGUGCUGGUGAUGAUGACAUGUCACUGGAAGCCUUGCAACCACAUAUAAAUCUCAAAGCAUUGAGUUUAAUCCGGUACGGGGGAGUGAGAUUUCCACAUUGGUUUCUGUCCCUCACAAAUCUUGUCCAAUUUAAAUUAUAUUCAUGUAAAAAAUGCCAAUAUAUUCCACCGUUGGACCAAUUCCCUUCUCUCAAAAUUAUCUAUUUGGGCAGAUUGGAUUGUUUAGAGCACAUAUCAGAUUCAGAGAGAGAUAACAGUGAUUCUUUAUUCUACCCAUCUUUGGAGAAACUCGAGAUUGAUGAAUGCCCUAAUUUAAAGGGAUGGCGGUGGGGAAGGAGGGAUUCUCUUCCUUCAUUUUCUCGUCUUUCCUACUUAUACAUUUGGAAUUGCCCUCAGCUGACUUCCUUUCCUUUGUUUCCAUAUCUCGAAAGUUUGAGGCUAAGUAAUUGUAGCUUGAAGCAGUCAUUAGAGAGGAUGAUGAUAAACAACAAGACUUCUUCAGGGAAUCUACCAUCAAUUGCUUCUUCUUCUUCUUCUUCUUCUACAAUUGUUGCCCCUCUCUCCAAAUUAAGUUUCAUGAAUAUAGAAGAAGCUUUGCCAGAGGAGUGCCUACGAAAUCUCAUUUCUCUCCGUACUCUAUUUCUAUCCAGAUGUCCUCUUCCUCAAGGCAUUCGAUAUCUUACGGCACUUCAACAUCUGUAUGUUUGGAACUCUGAGGUGGUUGAUUUAUCCAAUGAUUGGGAUGAGAUGGAAUGGCAAGGACUUACGACCCUUCUCUCUUUGCAAUUCUUUAAUCUUCCGAAGUUGGUCUCUCUCCCAACGGGGCUUCAAUAUGUCAGCUCUCUACAAAAACUUGAAAUUAAGUUCUGUCCUAGUUUGAUAGCUAUACCGGAGUGGAUCUGCAAACUUAUAUCUCUUCAAACACUAGAUAUUUGGGACUGCCCUAAUUUGGAAUCAUUGCCAGAAGGAAUCGGUGCCCUUACCUCUUUGCAAACACUACAAAUUGGAGAAUGUCCCACCUUACUGAAAAGAUGCAAGAAGCAAAUCGGGGAAGAUUGGCAUAAAAUUUCUCACAUUCCCAAUUUGAAAGGAGAUCUGUCUCGGCAAGAAGAAGAGCCAGAUGAAGAAGAACCAAAUCAAACCUUUGGGUGCUGCAAUUGGGACUUGAUUAAAGCUUUUGGGUGCUGCAAUUGUUCAACAACUCAACAACUCACUCACUGAUUCAAAAUUGGCACAAGCUAAUAUUAGGAGGAGAAUUGAAUAAAGGCAAAGUUGCAUUCGGCACUGGAAUCUGGUAACCAAGCCAUAGGAAUCAGCUCAUUGUACAGGCUUUUAUCAUGUACAUUUGUAUGGCCAGCUUUUUACAACUGAGUGGCUUUCUCAUGUGAAUUAUCUUUGGAGGACUAGAAGUAACGAGUAAAUAUAUAGGACCCCAUGUAUAAGUGAUGUAGUGCUUUUAAUCUCAAAGUACAUUGGGGUACAAGGAUGAUUGCUUUCAUAAAGUGUGCAAAUAGCCUCAAGACUCCUAUGAAAGGAGGAUAUAGGUCAAGAGUGCACUAUGAUGCUCACAUCCCAUCCCAGAGAUUGGAAUUUCUUUUGGAAGGAUUUAACUCCAGUGUUUCUCCAGGUUUCUCAGUAAAGAUGUUGAUGAGUUUAUCAUUUAUUGGAUUCUAUAUGCAAAAGCCUGGGGAGAAUUGAAUACUAAAGCAGGCAAGA